AUUUUAAAAAUUUAUUUAAAAAAAACUGAUUUUUUUUUUACGAUAUUGCCAUAUCACUGCAAAUGUCAACCGCAAAUCGAUGGGAAUGUCAAAAUACGUGUCCAUUUGCCUAUGGGGAUGAUUAUCUGAGAUUUUGUUAUCUAAAAGAACUAAUAAAUAAAGAAAGAAAGUUAAUCAAUUUGAGACCGCAAUUGUAACAAAUUAACUCAAUUUUUAAUCAAGGACAGUCUUUGGAAUUUGACAGCAAACGUUUCUGCAGCACAUCAAAAAUGACUGAAGCAAUAAAAACAGUUUUAAGCUAUUUUCUCUCCGAGGAAUGCAUUGAAACGUACUUGGUUUUCCAUGAUUUCACCGAUGGUGCAUGUUUUAAAUCCCUCUUGAGCAAAUGUCUUGGCUAUGCAAUCAUUGCUGGAUCUAUUCUAGUCAAAAUACCACAAGUUUUGAAAUUGAUCAAAAAUAAGUCUGGUGAAGGAAUUAAUCUGAUAAGUGUACUUUUGGAUCUUACAGCCAUUACAUCGCAUAUGUCGUACAACUAUGUUAAGGGUUAUCCAUUCAGUGCUUGGGGAGAUAAUACAUUUUUGGCCCUGCAAACAGCUGCUAUUGCUGCUUUAGUUCUUUUCUAUGGUGGUUCAAAAGGAUUGUCUUUGAUUUUCUGUAUUAUUUACACACUGGCGGUGUACGUUCUUAAUAGUGGUUUAACUCCAAUCAACAUAUUGCUGGUGGCACAAGCGUUUAACAUACCUAUCCUACUUCUGGGCAAACUUUCACAGGCAUGGACAAAUUACAAAAAUAGUUCAACCGGUCAGUUGUCUGCAGCGACUGUUUUCUUGUUGUUUGCUGGUUCAUUAGCGCGCAUAUUUACUUCUGCACAAGAGACUGGAGAUUCCAUGAUAAUUGCAACAUUCUGUGCAUCUACAUUUGCAAAUGGUGUGGUUGCUACCCAAAUGUUGUACUACUGGAACAAACCAGGCAAGAGUAAGAAGAUCAAUGCUGGAAAGACAUCAACAAAACCUGUAUCUGCACCCAAAAAGGGUAAAAGCAAAAAAAUUGACUAGAUAAAUGGGACGCUAGGUAUAUUGGUUAGCAAUUUCCUUGUUUAAAAGGAAUGUUUCGUAUAAUUGGGAGCUGUGUACAAGUUAUAAUAUAACAGAAUAAAGAAACACUAACACCAAUGGUGAAGAAAAAAUUGUUAAUAAAUUAAAUUAUUUGCAGUUACUGCAUUAAAAAUAAAUAAACGACAAUAUUCA